UCAUGAUAUAUGUAUAUUGUUAUUGUCCGUUUUACAAUUCAAGAUAUACCAGUGAUUAUUAAUGAUGAAAUAAAACAUUGACUUACGACGAAAAAAUAAAGCAAUUUAAACGAAGCUUUUUUUCUAGACGAUUUAAACGAAAAAAGUAUUUUCUUUCAGUAUAUUAGAUUUCGUGAAUUUUUAGGGAAAAUGAAAAACGGUAAUCAAAUUAUGGCAGAAGCCCUUAAACAACAGGGACUAGAAUAUGUUUUUGGUAUAAUGGGGCAUCCAGUGAUAGAACUAGCUGUAAAUAUGCAAUUAGCAGGUCUACGAUAUUUAGGAUUCAGAAAUGAACAAGCCGCAUGUUAUGCAGCUCAAGCUUAUGGUUAUUUAACAAAAAAGCCUGCAGUUGUAUUAUGCGUAUCUGGACCUGGCUUACUUCAUGUUUUAGGUGGCAUGGCUAAUGCACAAAUUAAUUGUUGGCCACUUUUAGUAGUAGGAGGUUCAUGUCCUCAAGAUCAUGAAGGUAUUGGGGGUUUUCAAGAAUGGCCCCAAGUAGAAGCUAGUAAGCCUUAUUGUAAAUAUGCAGCUAGACCAUCAUCUGCAGCUUUGAUUCCUGUUCAUGUAGAAAAGGCAGUACGAUAUUCAACCUAUGGUAGACCAGGUGCAACUUACUUAGAUUUGCCAGCAACAAUAUUAACGCAAAAUGUUGAUGAAAAAGAAAUUGCACUGGUCUUACCUUGCCCUGAACCACCAUUGAUAUUUCCUGAUAAUAGACAAAUUGAGGAAGCUGUUAAUAUAUUAAUACAGUCAAAAAAACCAUUAGUUAUAGUAGGCAAAGGAGCUGCUUAUGGUCGAGCUGAGCAACAAGUUCGGAAGUUUGUCCACCUAACAGACAUUCCUUUUCUUCCAACACCAAUGGGAAAAGGGGUUGUUCCAGAUACGGAUCCAUUAUGUAUUUCUAGUGCAAGAACAUAUGCUUUGCAACAAUCUGAUGUAAUAUUAUUAUUAGGUGCUAGGCUCAAUUGGAUGCUGCAUUUUGGGCGUCCACCUCGAUUUCAAAGCACUGUAAAAAUUAUACAGGUUGAUCUUUGCGCAGAAGAAUUACAUAAUUCCAUUUCAUCUGCAGUUGCUAUACAAGCUGAUAUAAAUUGUACAGUAGAGUCUUUAAUAAAGGCACUGCUACAUCGAAAAUGGAAAAUUACUAAAGAUUGUCCAUGGUGGAAUGAACUUAAUUCAAAAGCAGAUAAAAAUAAAAAAAUUGUACAGCAAAUGUCCUUGAAUGAAUCUGUACCAUUAAAUUAUUAUGUGACUUUUAAAUGUAUACAAAAUUUUAUACCAAAUGACUGUAUAAUUUGCUCCGAGGGUGCUAAUACAAUGGAUAUCGGACGUACUAUCCUGUUAAAUAAUUUACCUCGUCAUCGCUUAGAUGCUGGAACAUUUGGUACUAUGGGUGUAGGUUUAGGUUUUGCAAUUGCAGCCGCUCUAUAUUGUAAAGAUAAUGUGCCUGGAAAGAGAGUGCUUUGCAUUGAAGGAGAUAGUGCAUUUGGAUUUUCUGGAAUGGAAAUUGAAACUAUGUUUAGAUACCAAUUACCUAUUAUUGUUAUCAUAAUAAAUAAUAACGGUAUAUAUAAUGGUUUGGACAAUAAAACAUUUAAAGAAAUACAAAUGACUGGUGAUCCAACACAAACGAUCCCACCUCAUAGCUUAACAUCUGGAACUCAUUAUGAAAAAAUGAUAGAAAUGUUUGGAAAAAAAGGCCAUUUUUGCAUGACUGUAGAAGAAAUUCAACAAGCAUUAAAAAAAUCAUUUGCAGAAUUAAAUGCGCCAAGUUUAAUAAAUAUAAUGAUUGACCCUCAAGCUGAUCGCAAGGAACAAAAAUAUACUUGGCUCACUGAGUCUAAGCUUUGAAAUAUCAAUUUAUUAAAUUUUAAAUCAUAAUUUUAAGAUAAUGAAUUACUGGGUUUUAUCAUGGAAUGUAUGAAAAUAUUUACAUAUCAAAUGUAAAAUUAUAAUUUUACUUACAUUAUAAAAAAAGGUAGAAAAA